AUGCCCUCCACCGAAGAAUCUGGCGCAGCGCGCUCCUUCCCGACCAUCAAACACGUGCGAACAUUCAUAACACAGGGCCCCGGCAGCGGCGGAGACUACCAUAAUGUCGCUGGCGGACAUUGGCUCAUCGACAGCAAGAUCUCCACCCCCAUGAGCGGAUAUGAGCAGUACCGAAAGUCAAGAACUAGCUGGGGAAUCAAUGUUCUGGGAUCUUUCUGUGUAGAGCUCGAGGCCAGUGACGGCACCAAGGGUUUCGCUACUGGCUUUGGCGGGCCGCCAGCGUGCUGGCUAGUCGCUGAGCACUUUGAGCGCUUCUUAAUAGGCCAAGAUCCCAGAGACACAAACCACAUGUUCGAGCAAAUGUACCGUGCGUCCAUGUUCUACGGCCGCAAGGGUCUUCCGGUCGCCGUCAUCUCAGUCAUCGAUCUUGCUAUUUGGGAUCUGCUCGGCCACAUCCGCAACGAGCCCGUAUACAAGAUGCUCGGUGGAGCGACCCGGGAAAGGCUCAACUUCUACUGCACUGGUCCCGAGCCAGCGGCGGCAAAGGAAAUGGGCUUUUUCGGCGCCAAGGUACCACUACCAUACGGCCCUGGUGAGGGUGUCGAAGGCUUGAAGAAGAAUGUCGAGUUCCUUACCAAGCAUCGCGAAAGCGUGGGGCCAGACUUUCCCCUCAUGGUCGACUGCUACAUGAGCUUGAACGUACCCUACACCAUCGAAGUGGUCAAGGCCACCGAGCACCUCAACUUGAACUGGUGGGAAGAGUGCUUGUCGCCUGACGACUCAGAUGGCUUUGAGCAGAUCAAGCGCGCUCACCCCCGCAUGAAAUUCACCACUGGCGAACACGAGUACUCACGAUAUGGCUUCAGGAAACUCAUCGAGGGCCGCAACCUGGACAUUCUCCAACCCGAUGUUAUGUGGGUUGGCGGUAUGACUGAGCUUAUCAAGAUCUCGGCCAUGGCUGCUGCCUACGAUAUUCCCGUUGUUCCUCACGCCAGUGGACCAUACUCGUACCAUUUCGUCGUUUCUCAGGCCAACUCGCCUUUCCAGGAGUACCUCGCGAACUCACCGGAUGGCAAGUCUGUGUUGCCCGUGUUCGGCAACCUCUUCACCAACGAGCCAAUUCCCACCAAGGGAUAUCUCGACGUCAAGACUCUCGACCUUCCAGGCUUUGGUCUUAAGCUGAACCCCAACGCCGGCUUGAUCGACGCCACUCGCAUACUGAACCCAGCGCCGCAGAAAGCGCUCAAGCCUGCUGAGCCUGAGAAGGCGGAGGUCAACGGACAUUAG